GUAAGCGCUGGCAUCACUGCCUGGUAGUAGCCAUAUUGCUUUUCUUUGGGUUAGGAUCGUUGCAGAAACACACAAUGGCAAAUAAGAUAUUGCUAUCACGCUUUCAACAAAGUAUGCCAAUGUGUAUUCGUGGGAUAGUAGAAGUGCAUGGACUGCCUAAUAAAAUUGGUAAUAGAGAGGUAGUGGGUUAUGGAUAUAAUGGAGAAGAAACUUACUUAGAUCGAGUUGAUUAUCCCAUGCCUGCUAUUCGUUUCAUGCCAUCCUCUUCAGAUAUCAUGGCAUUGCGUGAAAAAGAAAAAGGUGAUUGGAAGAAAUUAUCACUAGAGGAAAAGAAAGCAUUAUACAGAGCCAGUUACCGUCAAACAUUCAGUGAAUUCCAAGCCCCAACAGGGGCAUGGAAGGGAAAUGUAGGAGUAGCAUUGUUAGGUGUAUCCUUUAGUAUUUGGUUAUUUAUGACCUUCAAAUUAUUUGAACCAUCUUUGUUUUUGGCAGCAUUAUAA